AUGACCGAAGCUGUAAAGGGACAAAGCGUGGGUAUCGACCUGGGUACGACGUACUCGUGCGUUGGUGUCUGGCAGAAUGACCGUGUGGAGAUCAUUGCCAACGACCAGGGAAAUCGCACGACGCCGUCGUACGUGGCGUUCACGGACACGGAACGUCUAAUCGGUGAUGCUGCCAAGAAUCAAGUGGCCAUGAAUGCCCACAAUACGGUGUUUGACGUCAAACGCUUGAUUGGGCGCAAGUUUACUGAUCCAGAAGUACAGUCGGACAUUAAGCACUGGCCGUUCAAGGUCGCUCGCGGUCCUGAGAACAAACCUCAAGUGGUGGUGCAAUUCAAAGGGGAGACCAAGACGUUCCAGCCCGAAGAGAUAUCGUCUAUGGUGCUAAUCAAGAUGCGCGAGAUCGCGGAGGCUUACAUUGGUAAGCAAGUGAAGAAUGCAGUGGUUACGGUCCCUGCUUACUUUAACGACUCGCAGCGUCAGGCGACCAAAGACGCCGGAGCCAUUGCUGGUUUGAACGUAUUGCGUAUUAUCAACGAGCCGACUGCUGCUGCUAUCGCCUACGGUUUGGACAAAAAGGGUGGCGAGCACAAUGUGCUCAUCUUUGAUCUGGGCGGUGGCACUUUCGAUGUAUCUCUGCUGAGUAUUGAGGAGGGCAUCUUUGAGGUGAAGGCUACUGCCGGUGACACGCACUUGGGCGGCGAAGAUUUUGAUAACCGUCUCGUGGAGUAUUUUGUGGCCGAGUUCAAGCGCAAACACCGCAAAGAUAUUUCGGGAAACCAACGUGCUCUACGACGCCUUCGUACGGCUUGCGAGAGAGCUAAGCGAACCUUGUCCACUUCCGCCCAGGCGUACAUUGAGAUUGAUACGCUUUUUGAGGGCAUCGAUUUCAAUUCGACGAUUACGCGUGCGCGUUUUGAGGACUUGUGUGGAAGCUUUUUUCAAAAGACGAUGGAGCCAGUCGCUCAAGUUCUGCGUGACUCCAAAUUAUCGAAAAACCAAGUGAACGAGAUUGUCCUAGUUGGUGGCUCAACUCGUAUCCCGAAAGUUCAGCAAUUGUUGAUGGACUAUUUCAACGGGAAAGAACUGUUCAAGUCGAUUAAUCCGGAUGAGGCUGUGGCGUAUGGUGCCACCGUCCAAGCUGCAAUUUUAGGUGGUGGUGGGUUGUCUUCAAAGCUGCAGGAUCUUUUGCUGUUGGAUGUAGCCCCGUUGUCGCUUGGAUUGGAGACGGCUGGUGGGGUCAUGACCAAGCUCAUCCCACGUAAUACGACCGUUCCAGCGAAGAAGACGCAAUCAUUCUCGACGUAUGCCGACAACCAGCCCGGUGUUUUGAUUCAAGUGUUUGAGGGCGAACGCUCGAUGACGCGUGAUAACCACCUUUUGGGCAAGUUUAACCUGGAUGGCAUUCCGCCCAUGCCUCGAGGCGUGCCUCAAAUUGAUGUUACGUUUGACAUUGACGUCAAUGGCAUUUUGAAUGUGACGGCGAUAGAAAAGUCGACUGGCAAGGAAAACAAGAUCACGAUCACGAAUGACAAAGGUCGACUGUCACAGGAUGAUAUCGACCGCAUGGUCGCCGACGCGGAAAAGUACAAGGACCAAGAUGAACGCAACAAAUUGCGUAUCGAGUCGAAGAAUGCGUUGGAGAAUUAUGCGUUUUCUCUGCGUAACUCGAUGCAAGAGGAGAAAUUGGCAUCGAAAUUCAGCACCGACGAUAAGAAAACUCUUGAGGACAAGAUUGCUGAGACGCUGCAAUGGCUGGACUCGAACCAGUCGGCAGAAAAGGAUGAGUUUGAUGCCAAGCAGAAAGAGCUGGAGGGAGUGGCGAACCCCAUCAUGCACAAAAUGUAUGCAGCCGAAGCAGGUGCGGCAGGGGCUGGUACUAGUGCUGCUCCUGGCGCUGGAGCUCCAGGUGGUGCGGAGCAAAACGAAGGUCCGAAAAUUGAGGAGGUGGAUUAG